UUGGAUCCAAAGGGAAAACUGUUCUGACCGAGUUCUCUCUUAGGUCAUAGCUGUCCUUCCCCUUUCUCCCGCGUCAACUGAAAAGCUCCGAGCUGCUUUUCGAAGCCCAAGUGUUCGACAAUCUGAAACAAUUCAUGCCGGAUGAUUGUUUAUAUCCACUUACAGCUCGUGGGUUGUUAACUAACAGCUGAUUAUGAACAGAAUUAGGUCCUCUGCUUCCCUUCUGCUCCGACUGCGUUCCGGAACCAGGUGUUCAUUUCCUCUUCUAGUGUGGACCUUGGUUGGCUGCCUCCUUAUACUUCAUCUGCUCUCAUAUAUUCACAAAGAACAUGUCGGGAAUAGAGCGAUUGAAACAUUCACGGGUCGCCAUCUCCUUCCUCGUGAGCUAGAAGAGGCGGAGGAGGAAAAUAUCCAAAUGCCUCCUCCUAGAAAGCGAUCUCCACGUGCUUCCAAAAGAAAACAUAAAGGGCCAUCAACAUUUAUCGAUGAAUUUCUUGACGAGUCUUCUCAACUCAGGAAUGUGUUUUUCCCUCGUAUUGAAACAUCUAUGGAUCCUAGGAAGAAGAAUAUUGAUGGGGGGAACAAUAAUAGCUUUUACUACUAUCCAGGAAGAGUUUGGUUAGAUAGUGAUGGAAAUCCUAUUCAAGCUCAUGGAGGUUGUAUUUUAUAUGACGACUUGUCAAAACUGUAUUAUUGGUACGGCGAGAACAAGGAUGGUUCAACUUAUCAUAUAGGAAAAAAAGGUACAGCACGGGUUGAUGUAAUUGGUGUGAGUUGCUAUUCUUCACGUGAUUUACAGACAUGGAAAAACGAGGGUAUUGUGCUAGCAGCCGAACAAAACGAGACCCACGAUCUUCACAAAUCCAACGUACUUGAGAGGCCAAAGGUAAUUUACAAUGUAAAAACGGGUAAAUACGUAAUGUGGAUGCAUAUCGACGAUAACAACUACACCAAAGCAUCGGUUGGUAUCGCAGUGAGCGAUUCCCCAACCGGACCCUUUGAUUAUCUAUAUAGUAAACGCCCUCACGGUUUCGAUAGUAGAGACAUGACACUCUUCAAAGACGAUGAUAAUGUUGCCUAUCUUAUCUACUCCUCGGAGGGCAAUCGAGAACUUCACGUGGGACCCCUAACCGAAGACUAUCUCGAUGUUACGGGUCUUAUGAAAAGGAUUCUUGUCGGUUUACAUAGGGAAGCUCCUGCUUUGUUUAGGUAUGGGAGAAGUUAUUAUAUGAUAACGUCUGGUUGCUCCGGUUGGGCUCCAAAUGAGGCUUUAGCGCACGUAGCUGAGUCUGUUAUGGGACCGUGGGAAACGAUUGGAAACCCUUGUGUUGGAGGUAACAAGAUUUUUCGACAGACCACAUUUUUCGCUCAGAGUGCGUAUGUUUUCCCAUUUUAUGGAUAUCCCGGUUCUUAUAUCUUCAUGGCAGAUCGUUGGAAUCCGUCAGAUUUGAGGGAUUCUAGGUAUAUUUGGCUUCCUUUAACGGUUGGGGAAAUGGAAACGCGUUCGCGAGCUGUGUAUAAUCUUGGGUUUAAGGUUUGGUCGAGAGUCUCGAUUUAUUGGCAUAAUAGAUGGAAAUUUCCUUCUACGCGAAUUGAGAGCAACUGAUCGAAUUUUUUUAAUGUAUAUUUUGAGCUUGAUUUUGUAAAAGAUGGAAAUUGUACUUGGAUCACAUUUUGCAACAAGAUUUGGAUCUGAAUGAAUCUAAAUCGAGACUAGCUCAGAACAUAUUUAACACGGGAUUGUAUAAAAUAUAUUUGUCUUAAUUAAAUGUGUUAUUUUACUGUGUUGGA